UUCCUCGAUCCGCCUGCCUUCAGGCGAAGAACACCUCGCUGACUAAAGCUGAAGCUGGCGCCAAUUCACAAUACACUUACAUACUCAUCAACAUUGCCUAUCCUCUUCUUCUCCGGUCAUUGCUCCUCCAAUGACUUCGGAACGCCGUGAAGCCCCCGGCCAGACGCCGGACGAUGCCACUGCGGCGGCGCGCGCUCGAGAUUUCUUCUCUGUCCCUGCACCAGUCAAGCGCAUCUUCGACAAGUUUCCUCUUGUCACCUAUCCUGCCAAUGAUCUUCCAUACUGCUCUUGGUCCAAUCGACAGGGAAAUCGGUUGUUUGUUUUCACAGAUACCGCCGGCGCUAGGCAUGGGAGGCCGUCCUUCAACCCUCAAUGCCUUAAGUGGCAGGCAUACUUGAGAUUCGCCGGCAUUGAGUUCGACAUCAUCCCAUCAAGCAAUCAUGCAUCCCCCACCGGCGCCCUUCCUUUUCUUCUCCCCGCCCUGCCCGUCGGCAACAACGCCCCGAUUCCUUCCAGCAAACUCCAAAAAUGGGCCAUUGAGCAAGUGCAUUGUGAGGAGGAGCAACAGUUGAACACGCGCUUCGAAGUAUACGCAUCGUUGCUGGAUCACCGGAUACGAAAUGCCUGGCUGUAUGCGCUGUACGUUGACAGUGAAAACUUCGACGCCGUUGCGCGACGCCUAUAUGUAGACGCGAGCACCACGAACCCCGCCGUACGGGCCGCUUUGGCGUUGCAGCUGCAGCAGGCUGCGCGAGCGGAGCUCUUGAAGUCGUCGACCUUUAUCGAUGCCGGCGCGCUCGAGGCGGAAGCGGGCGAGGCAUUUGAGGCCCUGUCGGCACUCCUCGGGAACAGCGUGCACUUCUUCGACCGGCCCAAUCCGGGGUUGUUCGACGCCAGCGUCUUCGCAUACACGCACCUGAUCCUGGACGAGAAGAUGGGGUGGAAGCGCAACCGGCUGGGGCAGCUGCUGCGACGCCAUGAGAACCUUGUACAACACCGCGACAGACUGUUGAAGUUCUUCUAGAGCUGUCCGACGAAAAGGAAGAAGAAACGAUUUACCCCAAACCCACCCUCUGUACCAUAUUAGCCCCCUCUACUACCCGUUCACUCAGAAGCAC